CCUCGUCACCACAGGUCUGACUGCACGUGUAACCGGAAGUGCUCUGUGUCCCGGUGUUACAGCGUUUCCGGUCCGGUUUGCACCGAGGAUUCUGACCCACAGCGCAGGAUGAGUGCGAGUCCGCUGAUGAAGGUGUUUGUGAGCCGACGGAUCCCUCAGGAGGGAAUGAAACUACUGCAGAAAUCCGCCAUAUGUAAGUUGUUGCUGUGGGACUCGGAUGAACCUGUACCGCGCGCGGAGCUGCUGAAGCAGGUGGAAGGAGCUCACGGCCUGCUGUGUAUGAUCCCGGACCGGAUCGACGCUGAGGUUCUGGAUGCAGCAGGACCCAACCUGAAGGUGAUCAGUACCAUGUCUGUGGGCUUUGAUCACCUUGCCAUUGACGAGAUCAAGAAACGAGGUAUAAGGGUAGGCUACACCCCUGACGUUCUGACUGACGCUACAGCAGAACUGACGGUUGCUCUGUUAUUAGCCACAGCUCGCCGCCUACCCGAGGGCAUUCAGGAGGUCAAAAGUGGAGGCUGGAGCUCGUGGAAGCCCAUGUGGUUGUGUGGUUACGGUCUCUCCGGCAGUACAGUGGGGGUGAUUGGCCUGGGGCGUAUAGGUUUGGCCAUCGCACGCAGGCUGAAGUCGUUCGGUGUUAAACGGCUUCUUUAUUCAGGACGGCAGCCGAAACCGCAGGCUGAAGAGGUGGAGGGGGAGCACGUGCCGUUAGACACGCUGCUGUGUGAGAGUGACUUUGUGGUGGUCUCGUGCUCUUUGACCCCUGACACACAGGGUCUGUGUAAUAAAGACUUUUUCAGUAAAAUGAAGAACACUGCCGUCUUCAUCAACUCCAGCAGAGGAGCGGUUGUGAACCAGGAGGAUCUGCUCGAAGCCCUCACCAGCGGUCAGAUCGCUGCAGCGGGACUCGAUGUGACAACGCCCGAGCCGCUGCCGACCGACCACCCGCUCCUGCGCCUCAGAAACUGCGUGGUUCUCCCUCACAUCGGCAGCGCCACGAUCUCCACGCGAGGCGUCAUGGCUGAGCUCACGGCCCAGAACCUGCUGUGCGGCCUGACGGGUGACGCCAUGCCCAGUGAACUGCAGCUGUAGCGCCUCCCAGUGAUCACUCCUCAGACCAGCACUCCUCCCAUAGCGUCGCGGUCCUGCAGGCCGCAGGGUUAACUCCAUUAACUACUGUAGAGACU